AUGAGGAACCUCGCCCGUAACGCGCUCCAACGCGUCGGUCAAGCUGCAUGGUCCAAGAAUGCUACACAUCAGUCACCAGUAGUGAUAGUGGGUUCAUUAGCUCGCAGAAAUCUUCAUUCCAGUCCUUCGCGACGCACCGAUGGCGUCUUCCGAGAGCUCACUUCGAUGCGGGUGCGUACUCCGUGGGUGGAAGCUUUGCGUCAACAGCAAGCAGAGGGCAAACAACCUGUGGAGCCCUCAGGGAGGCCCGAAGUCUCCAAAGAUCGCGAAUUAACACCCAAACGCAUGGAUGAAAGCUAUCAUUCGGUUGUGCUUCCGCUAGCUCAAGACCCAUGGCUACUCGACACAUACCUGAACUCCUCAGGGCACAUACGGCUUGGGACCAUCUUCAUGGACCUUGAUGCUCUUUCUGGCAUCAUUGCGUACAAGCAUACCGGAGACGAUGUGACCACAGUCACAGCUAGUUGCGAUCGCAUCACCAUCCACUCCCCACUAACCGAGAUAUGCGAUCUAGAGUUAUCUGGACGCGUUACCUAUGCGACUGGCAGAAGCAGUCUAGAGAUCACUAUGCAAGUUGCCAAAGCACCUAAGAAGGGCGAAAAGGCCAAAGAUGACGAUGUAUUAAUCAAUUGCACAUUUACCAUGGUCUCCCUAGAUCCAGGCACCAAGAAACCGGUAAACGUCAAUCCAUUGGUUGUGGAGACGCCUGAAGAGAAACGCCUAUAUGCUCUGGGCGAACGCAACUCGAAAGUCCGGAAAGAGCGCCGAGAUACUUCUCUGCUCAAGCAUACUCCGAAUGAUCUCGAAAGCGAUCUUAUACACGCAUUCUGGCAGAAACAGCUGCAGUAUCACGACCCGUACGAUGACCUUCGCAAACCAGACAAUGUAGUCUUCAUGGACGCCACGCGCCUCCAGACUGCUACAAUCAUGCAGCCGCAAUAUCGCAAUCGACAUCACUUCAUGAUCUUCGGUGGCUUCCUCCUUAAACAAACAUUCGAACUCGCUUUCACCGCCGCCGCUGCCUUCGCACACGCCCGCCCGACUUUCGUCUCGCUCGAUCCCUCCACGUUCCAGAACCCCGUACCUGUAGGCAGCAUACUAUACCUGACCGCUACGGUCGUAUAUACAGACCCGCCUCUAAUUGGCGCGCCAGACGAAAAGGUCGAUGAUCAAGCCGAAUAUACACGCGUGCAGAUUAGGAUUGAUUCCAAGGUCCGCGACGUUGAGCAUGGCCACUCUAAGCCUACUGGGCAGUUCAACUACACGUUUACCGUACCGAAGAACAUCAGGGUCAUGCCAAGGACCUAUCAGGAAUUCAUGAUGUACAUUGAUGCCAGGAGGCGAGCUGAGCAGGUCAAGCGUACCCUGGAGGAAGGAUACGGUGUCAGCCCGAAAACAGCAGAGGAUAGUUUGACGGAGUAA